AAUAUAAUACCUUAAUAUCUCACGGUUCUCAUUAGGAUCUGGACGUAAGGCAUGGGCUGGGCCGAGUGCCCUAGGGUUUAACACAAUUCUACGGUUAGUGAAGAGACAAAGAGGAAGAAGAAGAAGAAGAAAAUGGCGGAGUCUGUGGCGGUGUGGCUCAUCACCAUAUUCGCCAUAUUGACCUUCACAGUCGUUUUAGCCGUCGAAGACAAGUGCGGUGCAUGUUAUGCCGUUGCGGAUGAGUUGGAGCGAGGGCUUUCAAAUGAAAAACCAAGGAAUCAUUUGGAUAUGAGAAAUCGCUUGAAUUCUAAAGGUCAACGUGAAGGAAAGGUAAUCGAUUACAGAGUCAGCGAAUUGAGAGUUGUUGAACUCUUGGAUGGACUUUGUGAGAAGAUGCAAGAUUACACUCUUGAAAAGAUGGAUUCCACAAGAAGCUUGUGGGUCAAAGUGGAUAACUGGGAUAAUCUUACAGCUAAUAAGCAAGAGGCUCGAGCAUAUUCAAAAGCCAUAUCAUCUUAUUGUGGAAGGUUACUGGAGGAAACUGAAGAUGAGUUGACAGAAUUGAUAAAGAAAGGAUCUGUGAAAGUAGGAGGUGUCAGUAAGGUUCUAUGUCAAGAUUUGAGCAAGCAUUGCACCCAUUCAAGAUCAUCGAAGAACCCUAAAGAGAGACGUCUGAGAGGAGGGGCGAGAGAUAAGAGAGAAUCAAAAGCAGUUCAAAAAGAGAGGAGAAAAUCUGCAUCGCAGAGAGAGAACUAAAUUGUUGGCUUUGGGUUGGCUACUGGCGAUUCCAGGUAAUCCGGUGGAUCAUCUAGCUGAUAGCCCACCGACACGUGGUAGGAUAUGGUUGGUGAAUGUUGUGGUUGACGGGAUGGUGCCGCCAUUGAGUCCCAGCCGUUGGAUCUCAGAAAAGCAGCUGUAAGGGCGACGCAAGUGCCUUUCCUUUUAUGGGAGGUUUGGUUCGGUUAACGGUCGUUGAAGGAGCCUUGGAUUCCAGUAGUGACGCGUCGGUGUUUCAUUGGUGUAAACUAAAAAAAAAUUUCGGCUAGGAUGAGCGGGUUGUCAACUUUUUCACUCCUAGUAGUCUACUAGUCCCAUUGAAAA